UGCCUAUACAACGAUGACUACACGGCACGAGAAAUUCGCUGAUGGAUCUAUGGGACUUUGUUGUUACCUACAGGGCUUCCAGGAUAUCACUGUACUCGGGAACCGUCUCUCCUUGUUUCUCUUGGCUCUGGGAUCUGGACUGCCUCGACAAUGUAGCUCCACUUCAGUCGCGAUCCUUUUCUCUGGAGCGCUCUGGCACCUGGCAACCAGUCAAGGAACAAGCAUUUCAAACUCCCCAUUCAGUUGGCAACCAUCUGAAUGAAUGCAUUAAGCACCCAGAGUGGUGGUAAUGGUCCCGGUACCGGUCGUAAACGACACUAGUGCUUUCCUACUCCAACUCCCAGCGCGUAAAUCCCAUCGAAACAUAAGGAGUAACACUAGCGUUCUACCGCGGCCCUAUCCGCCGACCGCUCCUUUUUACUCGUCUUUCCUGCUUUCAUCAUAUCUGCCGACUCGUUCUUCCAGUGUCAUUACCAGCCCACUCCGCAAUACUCCGACCGGACUCUCUUGCACUCCCGUUUGUAUGAAUGCCAAUGAUUCUCAGUCUCACGGGCCGGUCUCAUCGACCGCAAACAAGCUGGAUGAGUCAAAAGACAAAGCGACGCUUCUCAAAAAGGCGAGGAAGCUAAGCAGGGUUUUUGGCGAAGCGCCGUCUUUGGACCAGUCAAUCGCUGCGGUUGGCCCCUCCAAGCUGUUUCGUCACAAGCGCUCUACAUCUUCUGUUUCCUCCCCAUUGGGUAGCCCAAAGUCAAACAAGAGAUAUACUUCGCAGCCUGACUUGAGACAAGCAGAGGUUCCUCCCCUCCCCCAAAUUAACGAAACCGCUCCAGGAUGGACGCCGCAGGCUAUACCGUCGGACAGUCCAUCUUCGGUAUCUCUACACACGGAUACGUGCCAUUCGAACCUUAAUGAUUCCUUAUCCUCUCUGGUUUCUGCGGCCGUUGCUCAUACAACCGCUGAGCGGUCCAAGAACAUAACGACUGAUCAGCAACCUUCACUACCCCCCAUCCCUCGGUUGGGACGUACCAAGAAGCCAGGCCGGCGUAAAGCUGCCAGAAUGCGCAGCUUUGAUUUUACCUCGGAUUCGGAUCGUCAAGUAGACGGUUCCAACGCCAAAUUGAAGAGGUCCCGCUCCUUGUUCACUCAUAAACAAGGGCGCACAGAUGCCUCUGAAGAGUCACUUGAUUUCCGCCAGCGGUAUAACCGCAAUUUUGGGGAGGAGGGUGAGAUAUCACCGCGACAGAGGUUACUUAACGUCAAGCGCGCCAGAAAAAUGGCGCAGGUUUUUGGGCAGGACCCACCUUCAGAAUUAAUACUUAUAGAUGAUGCCCGACCUUCAUCCAGACGACACUCUUUCUCUUCCAACGUUUCUUCACACAGCAUCGUACCUCCCACACCUGCUCUCGUGUAUAGCCCGUCUUCGAGUCCCGAGGAUGAGCGAAUGUUGCCUUAUUCCGUGAAUCGCUCCAACAACGAUGCUCCCGCCGACUCAUCCGAUGCUGACGAUUGCACAUUUACAUCAGCGUUCCGGGAGCGCAGGCGCCGCGCUGCUAAAUUGUCUCGCUUUUUUGGAGUUGCUUAUCAGGAUAUGUCCUCUUCCAUACCAACCACAGCUCCUCCGAUAGAGGAGCAGGUCGAGCGGCCUACGCCUGACGUACAAGUGGAUGUCCAGGUAACUGGCCGUAGAUUUUGGGGUUUUGAUGGCGGAUACACCACGCGGGAGGCGGACAUAGCAGAUGUUAUCGAUAAAUUGCGUUGCCUAAAGGCAGCGUAAAUUGGGAGGUUUCCAUGGACUCAAUCUCAUAUAUCAUAUCCGUUUAAUCGUAAGAUUCGACCGUCAUUUCAGACUGUCU